AUGGCGACCGCUUUGGACCAUCUCCAGCUCGGCGGCAAGAUCGAAUGGUUGUCGCAGCUCGACACGGCGUACCAGCCGGAGCGCAACCUGCGCCGAACAUCCAUCAUUUGCACCAUUGGUCCCAAGACCAACUCGGUUGAGGCUAUCAACAAGCUGCGUGAGGCUGGUCUCAACGUGGUGCGCAUGAACUUCUCCCACGGCAGCUACGAUGUCAGGUAUGUCGACUACAAGAACAUCACCAAGGUGAUUGAACCUGGCCGUAUCAUCUACGUCGACGACGGUGUAUUGGCGUUUGAUGUUCUCGAAAUCGUGGACGCGCAGAACAUCAAGGCGCGGGCGCGGAACAACGGGUUUAUCUCGUCCCGCAAGGGCGUCAACCUUCCCAACACAGAUGUCGACCUCCCGGCUCUCUCCGAGAAGGACAAGAAUGACCUUCGGUUUGGUGUGAAGAACAACGUCGACAUGAUCUUUGCUUCUUUCAUCCGCAGGGGUCAGGACAUCAAGGAUAUCCGCGAGAUUCUUGGAGAGCAGGGCCGCCACAUCCAGAUCAUCGCUAAGAUUGAGAACCGCCAGGGUCUGAACAACUUCCCCGAGAUUCUCGCCGAGACUGACGGUGUGAUGGUUGCCCGUGGUGACCUGGGUAUUGAGAUUCCCGCCGCUGAGGUGUUCGCGGCCCAGAAGAAGAUCAUUGCCAUGUGCAACAUUGCCGGCAAGCCCGUCAUCUGCGCCACCCAGAUGCUCGAGUCCAUGAUCAAGAACCCCAGGCCGACCAGGGCUGAGAUCAGCGACGUUGGUAACGCCGUUACCGAUGGUGCUGACUGUGUCAUGCUUUCCGGCGAGACGGCUAAGGGUAGCUACCCCAACGAAGCCGUCCGUGAGAUGAGCGAGGCCUGCCUUAAGGCUGAGAACUCGAUCCCGUACGUGAGCCAUUUCGAGGAGCUUACCACCCUCGCGAGGCGGCCGGUCCCUAUUGUGGAGUCGUGCGCCAUGGCUUCCGUUCGUGCCUCUCUGGAUCUCAACGCUUCGGCUAUCUUUGUGCUCUCCACCUCGGGCGAGUCGGCCCGCCUGAUCUCCAAGUAUCGCCCCGUGUGCCCGAUCAUCAUGAUCACUCGCAACCCGUCUUCCUCUCGCUACGGCCACCUCUACCGUGGUGUCUACCCCUUCCUUUUCCCCGAGGCCAAGCCCGACUUCACCAAGGUCAACUGGCAGGAGGAUGUCGACCGCCGCAUCAAGUGGGGUCUUAGCCACGCCAUUGACCUCGGUAUUUUGACCGAGGGUGAGACCGUUGUCGUCGUCCAAGGCUGGAAGGGCGGCAUGGGCAACACCAACACUCUGCGGAUUGUCAAGGCUGACGUCGAGCACCUCGGCAUCGGCCAGCUGGAGUUCAUGUCUAAAUCAUCUUACCUACCACGAUUAGGGUUCUCUCGUGGAGACGACCACAUCCUUCCGCUACACCAUCGAACGAGUCCCCCGAUCCGAAAGAAGCCGAGCGAAUAUGCCCUAACCGACCUUUCACCGCAGCCCGACGAGUCUACUGCUCCCUCGGCUAGAAACAGUCACAAGCGUAGCCCUUCGCCAUCCGCAAGAUACCGAGCUGGACCGGGCAGCGACCUAGGGCAACACAAGCCAAAAACACAACGGGUCCUCUUCGCAGGUCCACCCCCACCAAUUGCCAGUUCACAGAUGCUAUACCGCGACGAGGAGGAGAGGGUCACGUACCCCGCGGCAUCGAGCCACAACGGGGCAUCUUCCCUGGCCCAAAACAUUGGCAGCGUUCUUUUUGAUCGCAAUCCAACCUCACCCAACCGCCGCCGGUCCAGAGACCAUGACCCGGAACAACAGGCGAUCUGGCUCAACUUACAACGUCGCGAACAAGCCCUCCAAAAAGACCUACAGCGCCUCCUCGACGCCCAGUCCGUUGGGCUGGCUGCAAACCUCGACCCAACCAUCGAACAAACCCCCUCUGAAACGAGCGACGUCACAACGCGAAGCGCCACUCCAACGAGCACUAGCACAUUCCGCACCGAUCGCUCCCGACGACAUGUUGCAUUUGCGACUAGCACCACUUCCUCGGGCACGAUCGUACCGGUCCGCCAACCGCGAUCUAAGCCACUCUCGCUCCAGGGCAAGCUGGGUGGAUUGCUGGAGAAGCCCGGGGUGAAGCCUUUAGAUGCGGAGUUCUUUGCACAUGUUGGGAGCGAAUCCCCUGGCGGUGUGGAGUUUAUCAAGUUACGACCAGAGCGGCGGACGGUGGAGAUGGCGAGGGACUGGUGGGAAGGGGAAUCGCGUCUUCUAGAGAAGAGGAGGCAGGAAGUAGAAAAGGAGAGAGCAGCGCUGGAGGAAGGCGUAGCAGUGUGGAAGGACGCCGUGGCGCUUGUGUCGGGCUUCGAAACGGACCUGCGAAAGGAGAUAGAUGGUGACGCCGAUGAAACGGCUUCCAAAGGGAAGGGACGGGAAGGCGAGACGGUGUCCGAGGCAGAUCUCACACACACGAUGCGUGCUCAACUCGACAAGAUGCGAGCGGUUAUGGACGGUCUCGGAGAACGACUACACGUUGCCGAAGAGCACGGAUGGAAUCUCCUGAUAUGCGCGAUCGGCGCUGAACUGGAAGCCUUCCGGCAAGCUAAGGACAUGCUCCGAGACGCGUUACGCGGCUCAGGCGUAGACGUCGAAAGCGAUGAUGAUGAAGACCAUCGUCGCGGCGACUCGACGCCACACGCCGAUCGAUCUGCCAUAUUGCGAGACUCGAGUCACCUACGCAUGGACAAGGCCGAACCCAGUGGUGGUGGUCGGUUAGUCGACGUUCAUGAUGAGCGGGCGCCGGAGAGGCCGGCCUCAGAGAGCGACAACGAAGUACCCCCUGACUUGCUUGUUGCACCGGAGGAGGAGCGGGAGUUGUCGAGUCCGGCUCUGAGCAGGGAGAGCAGUAAUGACGUGCCGUCGGAGUUUCUGAGAGAGCAUAGCCCGCAGAGGGGGUAUGGUGGGUUUGGGGUGCCGUAA